AGUGUAGAGACAGCUAACGAGAGCAGCUAUGGAGCCGGCAGAGCAGCAGGAAAUAACGAUGGGAUCCUGGGAAGGAGGACAUGAUGGAGGAAAGGCAGACUGGAAGAAUGACUGCUCCCUGUCCUCCCUCCUCAAACACUCUUGUCUUCUUUGUUGGUCAUCUCCCGUGGAUAACGAUGUCGUUGAAACGGAUGAGAGAGUCCUCGCCAAGGUGGCCGACAUCAGAGUAAGAAGACCGCAGGAUCUCCCCCUGGAACUGAAUAAUGCAGUGGCAGUGGAGAACUUGGAGCUUCAGGAGCAGCAGUCGGACCGCAAGGAGCUACAGGAGACAUUGGUCAAAUUAGAUGACCAAAAAGAGAAACUGGUACAACAAAUAAAGGCAACCAGGCAGCUCUGCUAUGAAGAGAGUCAACAGAUCCUAUCUCUGCAGGCAGAUGAGGUACAGAAGGAGAGCCAAGUGGAGGAGUAUGAGAGGGAACUUGCCAGAGCAAGGUGGAGGCUGCGGAGACUCAGAGAGGAGGUGAAACAAGCCAAAAGGAAGACGGAGGAGGCUGGAGAGAGGAACACUCCUCUGCAAGACUCCAUCAGACAGUCUUAUGAAGAGAUCCUGCAGGAGGAGCACAUACUGUGUUCCUUGUCAGGAGGUGCAGUCACACCAGAAAGCCAGCUGGAGGAGUCUGCAUCUCCAGCAGACACCACUGAAGAUGAUGUGCUACCUCUGAGGCCAUGGGGAAGGAGCCAAUCACUACCUGCCUAUGCUGACCUGAUAAUGAGAGCCAGCAGCUCGUCUUUCUGCAAUAAUCUAGCAGAUACCAGAGAAGAAGCAGAUGAUAGUGGGACCAGUUCUCCAAAGAUGGACAGAUCUGACAUAGAUGAUGAUCCAGAGGAGGUUGAGAUCAACAGUGAAGGGGCAACAGAGAGAGAGAAGGAAGAGUGCACAAUUAACCCAAACCAAAUGGACUUCUAUAAAGAUAACCCCUUUGCCAUCUGUCAGAGUGAGUAUGGAUUUGCUUCAGACCCUUUCAAAGGCAGUGACCCGUUUGCAGCGGAUAUUUUGUUUCCAACUUCAGACUUUGGUACUGAGGAGACUGGAAAUGCUGGAGAUGACGCAGAAAACAGUCUGUCCUGUGGAGAAAACAAAGCCUCAACAGGAACUCAGUGCUUUGAAUCUGAAUUCCCGGAUGAAGACAGUGACAUAGAAAUAAGCUACAGCCGAGAAGACCUGGAAACCAUUGAUGUAAUCAAUGAAUCUCGUGGAUUUAAACCCAUUCAGAGCUCUUCAGAGGAGCUGGGGCCUGAGCCUGUCAAAGGCUGGAGGUCCCAGGGUCAGUAUUCUGUAGAAUCAGACCCUAAUGGGUAUGAGCUUGACUUUGGUGCUAUCUCCCCUCCUUCUGCCAUUGAGGAACACAGUAUGGUAUCUUUAGAUGGAAAAGCUACAGAUGAGGCACCAGCAGAAGUGGAACAAGAUUUUUUUUCUGUUUCGCCUCAGAGGGCACCUGACCAAGUCCUGUUGGAACCAGAUUGGAUGGAAGACAAAGAACAAUCUUUGUCCUGUGAUGGUACCUCCAGUCAGGGGGGCAGAUGUUCUAGCAACAACAAAGAUGAAAUCUGGAACCCUGUAUCUCCCCAACACUCACUAGACUCCCAGAACCUCUUCAUUCAGCCCAACUCAGAUGAAAAUAAAGAAAUAAGUUUUGAGUUGAGCUAUGAACAAACAAGUCAGUCUUCCUUUGACCCAUAUGGGUUUAAACUAAGUCCAGAACAUUCUAAUCAAACCCUGUUAGACCCUGAUGAAGCUGAAAUAAGCCCAGAACCCAGUGAAAAUGAUCGUGACUUUGAUCCAGAGGGCCCUUCUUCUCAACCAGACCAAGUGAUGUUUGAUCCUUAUGGAUUGAUGGUUCAGGAAUGUGAUCCUUAUGGUUUUAAGCUGAGUCCUGAGGAAGAGAAUCAGGAAGUACUGGAACUUUGUGGCUAUGAUAAUCCUGAGGCAAUGGACCUCUGCGCCUACGAAAAGAGAAAGCAAGUAGAUCCCUCUAAUUAUAAAAUUGAGGUACUGGAUCCUCACACCCAUGAAAACCAGGAAGUGCUUGAUCAUUAUAGCUACAAUAACCAAGAUCUGUUUGAUUUGUGUAACAACGGAAACCAAGAAGUGUUGGAACAUUCUAGCGUUGACAACAGCGAGACAGUAAGCAAUGAAAACCUGGAACUACUUUGUGGUCACGACAAUCAGGAGGUGGUAGAAUCCUAUUGCAGUACAAACCAUGAAGACUUAUUUGAACAUUUUGAAUGUGGCAACCAAGAAACCCUGGAACUUUGUAGCCAUGGCAAUCGAGAAUUACUGGAUUUCUCUCAUACUGAGAAUCAGGAAGUGCCGGAUUUAGACAGCCAUGGCAAUCAAGAACUACUGGACUGUGGUAGUAAAGUAAAUCAGGAAGUGCUUCUUUCUGGAAGACACAACAACCAGGAACUCCUGCAACUUGGUGGCAAUGAAAAUCAGGAAUUGCUAGACUCAGGUAGCAAUUACAACCAGGAGAUGUUGGAUUUAUUAAGUAAAGCAGUUAUCCCUGAAGCGAACAACAACUGUACUGUGGAGCCAGAGUCAAGUGUUACUCCCACUAAUAACAGCUUUGACAGUAUUGUUGCAAAAGAAGACUUUCUGGGAUUGAAAUUCGGUAGCACCAAUAUCUGCACUACUAACACCAGUAACACCAAGACUGCUGACACCAAUAACAUGUCGACCAACCAGGACCUGGCUGUAGUCAAUGCUCCCAUCAGAAACAACAUUUUGGAAAGUGACCUGGGUGCAGUGUUUGGAGCAGGAGGUUACAUUGGUUGUCCUGAUGUUGCUGAUGAUCUGGAGCCCCUGGAGAAAAGGUCGGCAAACCCAAUAGUAGAACCAGUGCGAUCAGUAAGACCAGUUAGGCCUCCUCGGCCCUCACUCAAGGCCAAGGAGAAGGCUCAGUCACAUACUGAGGACAUUGACCUGAAGUGAUCUCUCCGCGACCAGUACUCGUGUUGGGGUUACAAUGUUAUCAGGGUUCCCAUGUCAACAAUGGCAACACACAACACAAGGGAGAUGGCAGGAGGAGGUGAUGAUUAAAUGGAGACGCGCUAGAGAUCAUUGUCAUUCUCAUCUAUGUCUAUAAUUCAAGUUUCAGAUAUGUUUAUGUUUGGAGGUUUCCCAGAAAAUAUUUAAGUCCAAAGUGAAAGAUGAGAGAUUUGUAACAUGUGUCAUGGAAAAAAUGGGACCAGCAGAUGUCACCAGAUUUGUUGACUACUUUAAUGGUUACUACUUAGGGAAACUGAUUGGCCCAUGGCUUCAGUCUAUUUAGAGUGAUUUAUAAAAGUAAGCGCUGGAAACACCUAUAUAAAAUCUAACAAUAUUUUAGGUGGUCCUUUGUAAGAUAAAUGAUUCCCUCUUAUUUGACCCCAGAUAAUGCAUGUGAAUUAACCAUAGGGUUGAUAUUAUCAGUUAUUUACUCAUAAUAUGAGCUGCCAACACAUGUGUGUCCUCUGAGUCUCUUGAGAUGUAUUUGCUUUCCCACUAGUUUUACGGCUAAUUGGUCCACACUGAAAAUAUCCUCCCUUAUUAUGAUUUGAGCUUUGUGGCAGAAUAGGUGUUAGUGUUUCAUUCAUAAUAUGUAUAUAAAUGAUAUACUCUGCUAUUGUGGUUUGGAGAUUAUCUCUUGAGUAGAUUUAGUUUUAAGUUGAAUGCAACCUUUAGCAAGAUUUUGGUUGCAGUGUAUAGGGAGGGCAUAUCCAUAUCAUCCCCAUAGUAAUAUGCAUAGUGUUUUAACUGAUCAGUUACUUUAAUGUGGUCUUUAUAAAGUACCUUGACAGGGUUCGGUAUUUAAUUAAUUAAUCUCCAUUCAUACACAAUUGCAAUUUGGGAUUUUCAACAGCAAAGUCAAUGUCUCUGUGAUAGUUUGUCUACCAGAGAAUGGUGGAUAUUAAUUAGUUACACAUCUUUUACACUGUCUAUAUAUAAUCAUCAUCAAAUUUUUUAACAUGUAAUAGUAUACUCUUUUUGCAGUUGGAACUCUAAAAAUAAUUUUACCUGGAAUGCUCUGAUGAAACAUUGAACAAAACGAUUUCCAACUGUUUUUGCUUAUCACUUGGGUUUUGGAGCUGUUCCAUUACUUUCAAUACUUUUUUUUAUGUUUAUCAGUUGUUAAUUCCUGAUUAAUUGUCUUUGUGUUUUGCACUAUAGGGACUUGCAUCAACCCAGCUCUCAGACAGAGCUUCUGUAAAUCUGCUUGAUUUCUAGGUAUGGUUCUGAUGGUGAGAGUAGCUGGUUUUGCUGGUACCAAACCUAUGUAAAAUUAAGAAUGUGAAUUAAUGAGAGAAUGUUAGUGGGUUAAUGUUAGAGUUUCCAUAAUGACUAGAUAGUGCAUCAGUCUUUUUCAGCUCACACCUACCUCAUUACUAAUUUGUUAUGACGACAUAACAACACUGUGAACCCUUUAAAAGCAAACAUUCUUUAAUUUCAAUACGUGUGAAGUCAUCAAAAAGUGUAUAUGAAAGCUCAGUGUAAUAGUGUUAUUAUUCCUCAGGACCAAUUACUGCUGUGCUCAGUUCUCAUGCCAGGGGUUGUUUGAUUAUGAGCUACUCAUUAUUUUUCAAGGAACAAAACAAAUAUACCUAUAUGACAAAAUUAUAACACGACAGUUUUCAGUGUUGUUUUCCUUAGAGAUCCAUAAGCCAUUCAAUUUUAUUUAUUGUGGACAAAUUUGUCAUUCUCAGUAUCAAAUAAAUGAACAGGUUAAAUAUGCAGUCGUAAGACCAGCUUUGUAUGUCAGAGAACAUUUCCAAGCUUACCACUCCCUUAAGCUUACACACAUUUUUGACUGAUAACUGGUAUCCCUGUGCUUACUAAAAUUGUAUGAUUAAGCAUAGACACAUGUAGCACUAGAAACAGAGUUUUUCUUGUAGCGCUUUUUUUGCACCGUGUUUGGGUCUGUGUUUGUGUUCUGUGAUACAGAUGUAUGCAUUUUACAAACCAUGGUUGAGAUAAAAUAUAUUUAGAUCAAUGAAGAAAUAUGUGAUGAUAAUACAUUUGUGAUGUAUGUGUUGCUGUCCAAAUGUGAUGUUCUAUGUUGAAAUAAAACUGUAAUGCCAUAUUGUGGUCAA